AUGUUUGGAAUUUCAGGAAGUCGAGUUCAAGAUGCGUCAGCAAGAGUUUUGCUCGAGCUAACCUCGCCGUUAAGGGAAUGCCGAAACAAUGUUGAAAUGAUGAAUAAAAUAUUGAGUGUUGCCGAUGAGGUCGUUCGCCGUGUGGCCGCCGUGAAUCGCAAUCCGAUUCCGACCACAACUCAGCUCAUCAAUCGUUGUGUGGCACAGUGCAAAACGCUUGGAGUUAAGCCCGAAGAUGACUGGGGACUCGAUUUGAAUCCCGACGAUGUCGGAUUCCUCCUCAAACACCUCAUUUCUCGCGGACAUUUCGCUAGUGACAAAAAUCUCAUUUUCCAUUAUUUGUAA